ACCCCAGCAUGAGGACCCUGACCCUCCUCACUGCCCUUCUCCUGGUGGCCCUCCAGGCCCAGGCAGAGACCCUGCAAGAGAGAGCUGAGGAGGCUGCAGCUGAGGAGCAGCCUAGGGCAGAGGGCCAGGAUGUGGCCAUCUCUUUUGCAGGGAUUGAAAGCUCUGCUCUCAGAGCUGCAGGCCCUCAGGGGAGAGCCACCUGCUAUUGCCGAACCACCUGCUGUGAUUACCCUGAGGUCCACACUGGAUACUGUACCCAAAACGGCAGACGCUACAGGUUCUGCUGUCGCUGAGCUUCCUUGAUUGAAAUCAAAGCAGUGUGGGACUCAACCUGAAAUCCUGGAAAAAAACAAUUUACUCUUUUGUUCUUUAUGUUUUUUCUCAUUUCUGUCUC